AUGUUUAAAACAAUUGAAAAAUAUUGUGAAUUGUGAUCACUGUGAUAAAUUAUUUAUUAACAUUUUAAAUGGAAUUACUGGAAUUUAAAGAUACAAAAUGUAUACCCGAUAUAAUUCACCCAUAUUCUUCAUCUUUAAAAAACAACGCUGUUCCCAUUGUGAUAGAUAAUGGCUCUUACAUGGCUAGAGUCGGUUGGGCAACCAGUAACGAACCAUUACUACUGUACAAAAACUUAAUUGCAAAACCUCGCAAAGAACGAUCCAAAAAGGAUACAAUCGAAACACCUCAAACUCCCCAAUUGCAGGUGGGGAACGAUAUCGUCAAUAUAGAAGCCGUGAGGUUCCAACUGAAAACUCAAUUUGACCGCAACGUUGUUACGCACUUUGAGGCUCAAGAACAUCUCUUUGAUUAUGCAUUUCUCCAUUUGGGAAUAGACACGGACGAUUCAGUUCAUCACCCGGUAGUUUUGACUGAAGCUUUCUUAAAUCCAAAUUCUUCAAGGCAGUUAAUGUCUGAAUUGUUGUUUGAAUGCUACGCUGUGCCAGGAAUAUCUUAUGGUGUAGAUUCUCUAUUUUCUUAUCAUUUCUCACAGUCUAAUCCCGAACCAAACGCAUUGAUAGUGAACUUGGGCUACCAAACAUGCCAUGUUAUUCCCGUACUUGAAACUAAAACGAUUUUUGAGAACACGAGACGGCUUAACACUGGCGGUUGGAACAUAAUAACGUUCCUGCAUCGCAUAUUACAACUAAAGUACCCCGCACAUGCUGCAGCAAUCACACUGAGUCGAGCGGAAGAGCUACUGCAUUCGAUAUGUGCGAUUGCAGUUGACUAUAAAGAGGAGUUGAGCAAAUGGAACGAUUCCGCUUAUUAUGAGGAGAAUAUCAAAAAGAUACAGUUACCAUACACGUCAGUUGGGAACAGUUCAACCUUAACUUUAGAGCAACAAAAGGAAAGAAAACGGGAGCUAGCUCGACGCCUUACGGAAAUAAAUGCGAGAAAACGAGAGGAGAGACUGGCAGAAGACCAGGAAAAAUUGCGACAAUUACUGGAGGUGCAAGAGAUAAUAGAAUUCGGUGCAGACCAAGAAGAAAUAGAUCGAGCGUUGGCCGAGUAUCAGUUAAAAAAUGUCCAAGAAUUGCAAAAGAAUAUUCUCAACUUGAAUAUGAAGAUUGAGAAAACAAAGCUGAAGAUCAUUGCUGCGAAUAGUGUCGAGGAAGUAGAGGAACCUCCUUUGAAGCAGUCGAAAUAUUCGAAAAUGGUGUUUGAGAGUGAAAAUGCUCUGCAGUCAUUUUUGGAAAACGUGAAGAGGCUCAGACAAGACAUCCUCAAUAAAAAAUUGGUCCGGAAGCAGCGAAAACAGGAUAUAUUUAAAAGAAGAACUGCGGCAGGGCAAGAAAGAAUGAGAAUCAUAUCGCAAUUGGCAAGAAAGGAAAAAGGAAAUGACGAUUUCGGACUUCGGGACGAAGAUUGGGACAUUUACAAAACUAUUAGUAAAGAUGGGGGAGAUUCCGACAGCGAGGCGGAAAACGAGAAACUCCUAGAAUUCGAAGAAAUAAUCCGCACCCACGAACCGUCCGAAAUAGACGAAAACAUAAACCCCGGCGAGACCCACCAACUUCACGUUGGUAUCGAACGUUACAGGGCACCGGAACUAAUAUUUAAACCGUACAUGGCGGGCUCCUCCGAGGCGGGCCUCUCUGAAGUAAUCGGUUACGUGUUGUCUCUGUUCAAACCCGAAGACCAGUUAAAGCUAGCAGCGAACGUCGUCGUCGUUGGCGGUCUGGCGAAUUUGAGAGGGUUGCGUGAACGGAUAUUAGUCGAUUUGAUAUCGAUAAGACCUUUUAGGUCUGAGGUCAACGUGACGGUUAUGGACAACUGUAGCUCGUCAACGUGGCUAGGAGCGAAAAAGUUUGCCCAGUCGGGGGAAUUGCGGAAUUAUCUGCUGACGAAGAAAAGUUACGACGAGUACGGGCCCGAGUAUUUCAAGGUGCACGUCGCUUCUAACCCGUAUUACCCGACGCCUAAGGAGAGUGCUAUAGACGUUGACGUGUAAUUUUCGUGUGCGAGUUUUUGUAAAUAUGCAUGCACAGGAAUACACCGAACGAUAGUUUG